AUGCUCGCCCACAACACCCGAACGGCUUUCGCUAUCUUCUCAAAACGGCCUUACAUAUGCCAAUCAUGUCUGCGCCGCGUGGGGAAAGUGCCAUUGGCUUCAACCCGAGCCCUCGCCGCAACCUCAGUUCGAGCUCUUCAAACCGAUAGCGAACCACUGCCGAAUGACGGCGCACCCUUCCGAAAGCUCCUAAAAGAUGCCGCAAAGCAGAAGAAGAAGCAAGAUCGAGCUACUCCCAGCUCCUCCAAGCCGUCGUCGAAAGGAAAAGAUGCUCGACUAGAGAAGUGGGAGCUCACAGUCGGCAUUGAGAUACACGCAGAGCUCAACACGGCGCGGAAGCUCUUUUCCAGCGCUGCAACAUCCAUCAACGAGACGCCCAAUACUCAUGUCUCUCUAUUCGACAUCGCUUUCCCCGGCAGCCAGCCGCAUUUCCAGAAGGAAACGCUCAUACCCGCACUGCGCGCCGCCCUGGCUCUAAACUGCGAGAUCCAGCACAAGAGCAGCUUCGAUCGGAAGCAUUACUUCUACCAGGACCAGCCUGCGGGUUACCAGAUCACACAGUACUAUGAACCUUUUGCCAGAAAUGGCAGCAUCACACUCUAUCCGCACGACUUCCCCGCCGGCGCCUGUCCUGAAAAUGUCCCCAUCACCAUUGGUAUCAAGCAGAUUCAGAUGGAGCAAGAUACAGCCAAGACCGUCCUACAACCCCCACACACCCACCUCCUCGAUUUCAACCGCGUGUCGCAUCCCCUCAUCGAAAUCAUUACACUUCCACAGAUACACGAUCCCACAACCGCGGCGGUAUUGGUUCGGAAAAUACAGACAAUCCUGAAGACUGUAAAUGCCGUCACAGCGGGUAUGGAGAUGGGUGGUCUUCGUGCUGAUGUCAACGUGUCCGUCCGCGAAAGGAAUGGCAGUUCAACCGAGCAUGGGCAGUCAUAUCAUGGCGUCACUGGGCUGGGUCAGCGGACGGAGAUCAAGAACCUUGCAAGCGUAAAGGCCGUUGAGGACGCUAUUGUUGCGGAACGCGACCGACAAAUUGAUAUCCUUGAAAGUGGCGCUAUUGUUGAGGGCGAGACGCGCGGAUGGACACUAGGCAGCAAGUCGACGAAGCGCCUGCGAGGCAAGGAAGGCGAGAUUGAUUAUCGCUAUAUGCCCGACCCCGAUAUCGCCCCUGUUGUGAUCGGGGACGACCUUGUAAACCAUCUUCGGCAUACCCUGCCCAUGCUGUCUGACGAUUGCGUGAACACGCUGGUUGAUAGCGAGAAUUACGGGCUUACUUCAAAGGAUGCCAGUACCCUCUUCCUCUUCGACGAUGGCGACCGCUUGGACUACUACUUUGACGUAGUGGAGCACCUACGCCAUACCUUCCCCGGGCAUCCGGACAUUCUAGCACGUGUCGGCAGAGUAGCAGGUAACUGGGUUCUCAUGGAACUUGGCGGCCUCCUCAAGGGCGAAGAAUGGUCCGAAAAUCGAGUUUCUUCGGUUCAGCUCGCUUCCAUCAUCGCACAUCUUCUGCGCAAACAAAUUACCAGCCGAACCGCGAAACUCUUGCUCUCUUUGAAAUUCGAUGGUGACGCUCGCUCGGCGGAGCAGAUCAUUGCCGACGAAGACAUGCUUCUACGACCACUGUCCCGUCAGGAGUACCUGGACUUGGCUCAGAAGCUGUUAGACGAAAAGGCGGAUAUGGUAAAGGAUAUUGUGGAAAAGCAGCAGCACAAGAAGGUGAAGUGGUUCGUUGGGCAAAUGAUGGCGAGAAGCGCUCAAGGAACAGUGGAACCGGAUUCUGCCGAGGCGGUUCUCAGAGAGCUGCUGCAACUUGCUCCUAUGGAACAGAAGUAG